UCACCCAGCGGUGUACCAACUGGCAUAAGCAUCUAAUGAAAAAGAUCAUCGUUUGACGGUUAAAAACAGGGAAAUCUGAGCGGCCGGACUGAAAUACCUUCAGUAUGGCGUGCGCUCAGCAGUCUGCAAUCCAGUACCUCAAAAGUGCCAGAAGAAAACUGGUGAUAGGAAUGAGAAACCUUCCUCUGAUUGUUGAGAAUCUUUAUCAGCGAAAGGUUUUCAGUGAACAUGAAGUUGAUGCUCUUAAAGCAGAGAGGACAGAGUUUGAUAAAGCAAGAAGUAUAAUGGACUGGGUUGUUAACAAAGGGGAAGAAGCAAGUUAUGAAUUACUCAGCAUUCUAGAUGCCACUCAGAAGAGAACCUUAUCUCCUGAGUUACACUCCUGGAUCACCUGUUUUCCUGUCAGAUCGGAAGAUGUAGACACCACCUAUGUAUUUGUAGACACAAAGCCCUGUCAGAACUACCAAGCACAGCUCAGGAAGAAAGCAAAAAGUAUUUUGAAGGACCAAAGGCAAAGUUGUCGUAAAUAUCUAGAAAAGGCACAAGUGAGCUUCCAAUUUAUACCUCUUGUUUUAGAAACAGACUCUGAGGAAAAAGCUCCCCAAAGAAAAAUACAAUCAAAAAUCCAAAAAUGCAAAAAACUGCGAAACAAAAAGCUGAGAGCUUACAUUCCUAAAGAGGAACACUCACUAUCACCUCUGGAUCUUCUGAGAGGUCAGGACAAGAAGAUCCUCCUCAUAGGCAAACCAGGGAUAGGAAAGACUACAGUUGUCCAGGAAAUGUUGCGUCUGUGGGCAGAGAAGAGUGGCAAAGGUCUGGACUACAUGUUUUACUUUAGUGAAAGUUCUUUGAGCCACAGUUCUAACAUUGGCAGUUUGGAAUCAGUUUUAUUUGAUGUGUAUUUGAAACCCAUGGAAAAAGAUAGAAAGGAAGUGUUUAAAGAUAUUGAGGAAAACUCUGAGAAUGUUGUCAUUGCAUUCGAUGGUGUGACAGAUUUGGAAGAAAAUUCCAUCUUAUGGAAGAUCAUGCACCAAGAGCUCCUGCCCGAUGCUAAGAUUGUGAUCACUUGCAGAUCAGAGGUGGAAGAUGAUCCCCUUUUCUCAGACUGGCCAACUCAGAAAGUGUAUGUCCAAGGAUUCAGUGAUAAGUCUAUUCAGGCUUACUAUCAGAAGAUGUUGGGUUCUAAUUCUGAUCUUCUAAAUAUCAUUUUGAAGAAUCAAGAGUUGCUCAGUCUCAGCCACGUGCCAAUGUAUGCAUUUAUAGCUGCUGCCAUCACUCCAUUUAAACAGAACAAAGGUAAAAACAGUCUACACACGGUCACAUAUAUGUACAUUCACAUUUUCCGUCUUGCUGUGGAAAGACAUGGGAAGAGAAAGUAUUACCAAACAGAUAAAUACCUUGGAGAGAUCAAAGAUCAGAUUCAACCCUUGAUGGAAAAGGCAUACAAUGCUACUAUGCAGAAAAACCUAAACUUAAUAAACUGUGAUGAGACAGACAUUUGUCAUGCUUUUCUGAAAAUUAUCACGACAAGAGACUCGGCUACGUCUGGUAAAACAUACUGUGCAUUUCUCCACAACACAAUGCAGGAGUUCUUCUCAGCUUUGUGGCUUCUUGAAAACCCAGAAAAUAUUGAGAAUGUCCUACAGCUCAGUCAGACGAAGGAGCACAAACACAUGAGACACGUGCUCCCUUUCUUAUGUGGACUUCUGAGCGAACACAACACCAAACUACUCAAGAGUCUCUUUCCAGAGGAUCAGAUGAAGAAAACACAUGACUGGUUCAUUGAGAAGUUUUUAAACAGUUUCUUCGGAGCCUCAGAGUCUCAAAGUCACAGUGAACAGUUUGAUCUUCUCUAUAUGUGUCAGUGUUUAUAUGAGCUCCAGUCUCCUAAAGCUUGUUUAAUGUUCCUGGAGAAGAUGAACCAUCAGAUUGAGCCUGAAGUGGAUCUUGAUCCUCAUCAGCAUUGUGCUUUGGCUUACAUUAUUGCUCAAUCCAGAGAUAAAGAGGUUUAUGUGAAACUUGAGAACUGUGACAUUAUGGACACGGGAAUGGACAUGAUGCUCAGCUGCUCACCAAACAUCAGGUUAAAGCUUCAUGAAGAGCCCCUAAAACAAAUCGCAAUCCUACUAGAAUUCUUCCAUAAAGCAUCUCAGUGCUGUUGCACUUUUUCUUGUGUGAGAAAUGAAAACAACUGCGACAUAUGCAAGGCACUGCUGGAUCUUUGCUCACAUGUGAAGAACUACGAGACUCAAACAGGCAGGAGAUUCCUACCAGCAUUACAGUUAGUUUUCCAGACUCCUGAUGUCUGGAUCAUAGAUCUCUCAGAGAGAAAGACCUCUCUCCUUCUGGAAGUGCUGAAACUCCAAACAGAGAAGAAACCAGUAGAGCUGAGAGGAUGUUCAGAAGAAGAGAGUGAAGUGAGGAGUUUCCUCCAGUGUCUGCCCUUCAUCUCACAGCUCAGGAUUGACUGUUGGAGUAGUAGUCAUGUAGUGCAGUUUCUUUUAAGACUCUUCAUGAAAGCAGCAGAGAUUAAGACAGAGCAGAUGCUGAAACAAUUAUCAUCAGUCUGCACAUACAGCUCCUUUCCUUAUCAAUUGACUGACAGAAUUAAACAGAGUGAUUUCCUGCUGGAUCUUUACUCACAUGUGAAGAACUAUAAGACUAAAACAGGCAGAAGUUUCCUUCCAGCAUUACAGUCAGUUUUCCAGUCUCCUGAUGUCUGGAUCAUAGAUCUCUCAGAGAGAAAGACCUCUGUCCUCCUGGAAGUACUGAAACUCCAAACAGAGAAGAAACCAGUAGAGCUGAGAGAAUUUUCAGAUGAAGAGAGUGAAUUGAGAAGUUUCCUCCAGUGUCUGCCCUUUAUCUCACAGCUCAGAUUCUCUAAGUGGAGAGAAAAUGAUCAUUGCAUAUGUCUUCUGAGACUCUUCAUCAAAGCAGCAGAGGUUGAGACACAGACAGGGAAGCACAUGCUGAAACUGUUAUCCUCAGUCUGCACAUACAGAUCAUUUCCACAUGAAAAGUCUGACAAAAUUAAACAAAGUAAUUUCUUGCUGGGUCUUUGCUCACAUGUGAAGAACUAUGAGACCCAAAUACGCAGGAGUAUCCUUCCAGCAUUACAGUCAGUUUUCCAGACUCCUGAUGUCUGGAUCAUAGAUCUCUCAGAGAGAAAGACCUCUGUCCUCCUGGAAGUGCUGAAACUACAAACAAAGAAGAAACCAGUAGAGCUGAGAGGAUGUUCAGAGAAAAAGUGUGAAGUGAGGAGAUUCCUCAAGUGUCUGCCCUUCAUCUCACAACUCAGGUUUUGGCACACAGGUGAUAAAGAAAAAAGAUUCCUGAUGAAUCUCAUUUCUGCAGCAGUACACAAUGACACAGAUACAGGAACAAGUUUCUUAAAUCUGCUGUUAUCUGUGUGCAGUUAUAAAAACUUCCCUUUUAAUGAAGAGUGCAAUGAUUGUAAUCAGACUAAUUUCCUGCUGGAUCUUUGCUCAUAUGUGAAGAACUAUGAGACUCAAACAGGGAGGAGUUUCCUUCCAGCAUUACAGUCAGUUUUCCAGAUUCCUGAUGUCUGGAUCAUAGAUCUCUCACAGAGAAAGUCCUCCAUCCUUCUGGAAGUGCUGAAACUCCAAAGAGAGAAGAAACCAGUAGAGCUGAGAGGAUUUUCAGAGGAAGAGAGUGAAGUGAGGAGUUUCCUCCAGUGUCUGCGCUUCAUCUCACAGCUCAUAUUCUCUAAUCAGAGUGAAAAUGAUCGAAGCAGAUUUCUUGUGAGUCUCUUUAUCAAAGCAGCAGAGUUUGAGACACAGUCUGGAGAGCAGAUGCCGAAACUGUUAUCCUCAGUCUGCAUAUACACAUCAUUUCCUUAUGAAAAGACUGACAUAACUAAACAGACUGAUUUCCUGCUGGAUCUUUACUCACAUGUAAAGAACUAUGAGACUCAAACUAGCAGGAGUCUCCUUCCAGCAUUACAGUCAGUUUUCCAGUUCCCUGAUGUCUGGAUCAUAGAUCUCUCAAAGAGAAAGACCUCUGUCCUCAUGGAAGUGCUGAAUCUGCAAGCAAAUAAGAAACCACUAGAGCUGAGAAGAUGUUCAGAGAAAAAGAGUAAAGUGAGGAGAUUGCUCCAGUGUCUGCCCUUCAUCUCACAGCUCAGAUUCUCUAAACCGAGUAAAAGUGUUCAAAGCAAAUUUCUUCUGAGACUCUUCAUUAAUGCAGCAGAGACUGAGACACAGACAGGAGAGCAGAUGUUGAAACUGUUAUCCUCAGUCUGCACAUACAGCUCUUUUCCUUAUGAAAAAACUGACAGAAUUAAACAGAGUGAUUUCCUGCUGGAUCUUUACUCACAUGUGAAGAAUUAUGAGACUCAAACUAGCAGGAGUUUCCUCCCAGCAUUACAGUCAGUUUUCCAGUCUCCUGAUGUCUGGAUCAUAGAUCUCUCAGACAAAAAGACCUCUGUCCUCCUGGAAGUGCUGAAACUCCAAACAAAGAAGAAACCAGUAGAGCUGAGAGGAUUUUCAGAGGAAGAGAGUGAAGUGAGGAGUUUCCUCCAGUGUCUGCCCUUCAUCUCACAGCUCAGACCAUCCGAAAGGGCUCUUCAGAAGCUGCUUGAGCACAUCUUUGAAUUUCAAAAUGAAAAAUCAACUCAACACUUCCUGCAGAGAUUAAAUGGAGAUCUGACUUCCUGCUCCUUGACCUGGGAAGAGCUUCGUUAUUUUUUGCAGCACAGAAUUAAAAAAAUCACUGUGGACCUCAGGAAGAGCAACAUUCAGUGCAAAAUGAGAGAAAUUCUGCCACUUCUAAACAGGAUUAAAUUAAAAGGGAUGAGCUCUUCCUUCAUGCUGUCUGUAAUCAGAGAGAUCUAUGAGAGCCGCUCUGCUGGAUUUGUGUUCAGUCUGUUGAGUUCAGUGGGGAACUGCAUUAAUCUGCAGAGCAGAGAUCUGGACUCUGUUGAUUGUGCUGCGCUGCGCUUCACACUCCAGCACUGCACUGCAGCUUCACUCAACCUGAUGUGGACCUUCAUACCAGAGGAAGAGCUGGAGACGUUUCUGCCUCUCCUCAAACACAUCUCACAUCUCAGUGUGGACAGGCUGCUGUUACUGAAGAUGCUUCACUGCUACAGUGUCUCUGAUGUCCAGCAGGGGUCAGUGUUUCUGCUCUCCGCUUUGCAGCACAAGCUGGACUUCUCCUGCUGCUCUGCACUGGAUCUGACCACAAACACAGACUCUGAGCCUCUACAACUCACAGCUGAUGACUGCCGUGUGAUAUCCAGAGUCAUUCAGAGAGCAAACACAGACAGAAAAACACAGCUGAUUCUGAAGGACUGUGAGAUUAACACUGCAGGAAUGGACCAGCUGUUUACAGUGCUGCAUUCAGUGAAACUCUGCUGUGCUAAACCUCUCCUGCUUCAGUUUCUGGCUCAUGUGAGGCGCUGGCAGGCCGAAUCUCUUUCUGCAGCUCUGGGUAAAGAGCUGGACCUCAGUCAGACUCCACUGGACCUGCAGGCCUGUAGAGGUUUGGCGCUGAUUCUGGAAUAUUCUGAAGGACUGACUGAACUGGAUCUGAGUCAGUGUCAUCUCACCGAUCACAGCCUGGAUCUGCUGCUCCCAAACCUCCACAAAGCACAAAACAUCGACUUUAGUGGGAAUUACAUCACUGAUUUAGGGGCCCAGAAAAUCCACCGUGUCGUCUCUCACAACAGUAACGUAAAGACAGUGAGGCUCUUCAACAACAGAAUUGAAUCCAAAGAGCUUUUUAAAGCCCCACAGUUUGAGAUCUGGUGAUGUCAAUAAACUCUUAUAUAUGAAACGUAUAUCAACAAGCAUAUUGAUAAUAAGGUAAAAACUAUGUCCCAAAGGUGAAUCUAGUCACCAGAUAAUAAACCACAUUCAUCUUUUAUCAUCAGCUUGAGUAAUGAUCAACAAUGGGUUGUUCUAUAAAGUGAGUUUAAUUAAAUGACAGUAUCUUUAUACUGCUUUAUAUUGUUUGACAUACUCUGUAUAGUUUGAAUUUAGUUUAAUAUAUUUAUUUAAAUUUUAUACAAUUUAUUAUAUUCAUAUUCGUGUAGUUCAUUCUGUGUUCUGUUUGUUCUAACUGGUAGGUAAUUUUAGAUUUAGACUGUUUUUAGCGUAAAUAUUUAACAGAUUAAAGAUUUCAGCUCAGACAGCCAAAGCAAACAGCUUCAGGUAAAAGAGAGCUUAUUUAAAUACUUUAUUCAAAGUAAAAAUGCUGUUAUGUUUACUGGAUGUGUAUCCUGAAUGAGCUACAUUCAUGUUGUGUUUACAAAUGACAACAGUUUUGGAUGUAAUCCGUUUUCAGGUGACGUGAACCCAACACAUCAACUCUGACCUCAUUUACAUGCACAUUCAUUUCUGAUUAAGGUCCAUGAUUUCUUUUAUUCUGCCUUUAUUGGUGAUCCACAAACUAUUGAAAUAUUCAUGUUUUUCUGUCUGAGUUCUAGUGGUCAAUGCUGACAAAAUACAAAUGACAUGAUACUCAGGAAAUCACUUUUACCUCAUUAAUGUGACUGACAUGUUAGUUAUUGUAGGUAAAACUUCUGUUUUUAUCACAUUAUAAUAUUUUCCUGAUUAUAUUUUUGCUUUAGUUUUGUCUUUUUUUAACUUUUUAAAAAUUACUUAACUGUGUUUUUGAUUUGUUUUAUGUAGUAGAGUAGUCUAAAGUGGUCGAGAUGCACAUUAUAGGGAAGAAAAGGGCACUUGCAAGGGCGUCACCAGAGAGUUUUAAACAGAGGUACUGAGGGGAUGCUAUAUAUUACUGAUGGGGAGCUGGGCGGUACUAAUAUAUAUCAGCAAAACAGGUCCUUUCUACUUGAUUUUUUUAUUUAUCAUAAUAUUUUAUUCAUCACAAUCUAAUCAAGGAUUUUCAUUUAUGUAAUUAACCAACGUCAAGCAAGUUGCUGUACCUAUGUUGUGUUAUUUACAUUGUUACAUUUGCAUUGUGUGCUUCGCUGGACAUUUAAUUAAAAUAAAAUGUGAAACUUGAUCUGUUUGAGAGCA